AACGAAGCAUUGUUCAGAUAUAAUUGUUGUUGCUUUAAUUCUUUGUCUUGAUUUUAUCCAUACUGUUAAAUGCAAAGCUAUUGCAUGUUUAUCAAUCAUAAGAGUCCAGCGUUUGCCGAUGAUUGUUGACGGUUGAAGUUUACAGAGUAUAAAUUUCAUUUCAUUCAAGGAACCAGGAAUUACGAAUCAGUGGCAUAUUAAUUGCCAGCGAUGUUUUACAGAUUUUGGAUUUACCUGUUUUGUGUCUGUUUUGCGGAGAUGGUGUUGGUCAGAGGUGCUAGUCAGGAUAAAGGAAAGACGAAAUGUGGUUCUGCAGGUAUACCAGGUAUUCCUGGUGUUCCAGGGAGUCCCGGUCGAAAUGCCGGGCCUGGGCCAGCUGGACCUCCUGGACCAAAAGGAGAUCCCGGGAAGCCUGGAGAGAGUUCGUAUGCGUCAAAUUUAAACUGGAAACAAUGUGUUUGGAAACUGAACGAUGACAAAGACAAUGGCUUGAUACAGAACUGUAUCUUCAACAAGAAAUACGACAACACCUCACUCCGUGUAUUUUACGAAGGAACACUCCGUUCAAUAGGCAAUGGCGCCUGCAAUCGAUGGUAUUUUACAUUUGAUGGCGCACAGUGUAUAAAACCAGCAACUAUUGAAGGAAUUGUUUUUGUUACAUCAACUCAAGUCAACCCUCAUCGUCACCGCCAUAUCGAAGGCUUCUGUGACAACGUUCCUAAAGGUCAUGUACGUGUAGGAUUCUGGAUAGGCAAGUGUGUGGGUAUUACCCUCGGGAAUGGUUAUGCUGGUUGGAAAUCUGUAUCUCGCAUUGUGAUCGAAGAAGUGCCACCUCCUCAAAACUGAGUUUACCAAACUAAGCCAAUUAAUAGUGUCUCUUUACUUUCACUAGUUUUAUUGCAGUAGUUAAAAUGAAAUAUUUUGUAAACGUACAACCACCGAUCAAAAUGCACAAUUUAAUAUACCUAUAGCUUGUAGCAUAAUUGAUAAUAAA